GCAUGAUGGAUGUUUUUGAAAACUGUCCCACCACUGCUGACUACAGGGAGUCGUUAUCAAAGUCACUGGACGUCCCUGUUGAGUGCCUGGACUAUGGUUACAUUGAGAAAUGCAAAGAUGUGAAAUACCUGGAGAAGAUCCUGAAAGUUCUGAGGUCUGGCGACGAGGGCUAUUACCCUCAUCUGAUUGAGUUCUGUGAGAGUCACUUGGAGAAACUGAACCCUAAGAGCCGAGUGCUCAGGAAGGCAAACCCUGUGGCAACAUCUGCGAGCCUGGGUAAAGAUGAAUGGAACCAGAUUGUUGAUGAGUUAAUGACAUGGCAAGAAGAAACCAAAAACACUGAAAUGUCACUACAACAGCAGUCAACACAUGAUCUAAUGAAGGAGAUACCAUCUAUAAGAGGUUCCACUUCCUCCAUUUCACUUAGUAAGACUUCAACUGCAAAGGAGAAAAGGAAUUCUUCAAAACGUGUUCUUCCUCGUGAUUAUCAAGAAUGGGACAAGUUUGAUGCGGAGAAGGAAUGUGAGCGGGUUGAUGGGGAUGUGCUCCAAAGUGAUCAUUCACCAGCCGUGAAAAUCAAAGGACACUCUAAAAUCAAGACAGAAGUGGAUGUCUCAUUGCUGACUCAGCAGGAGAGGCUCCUCUUAGCAAACCGUGAGAAGGACAAAGGCAACGAAGCUUUCAGAGCCAAUGACCAUGAGGAGGCAGUCGCUUACUAUUCCAGGAGCCUCUGUUUUUCACCAACAGUGGCUGCAUACAACAACAGAGCCCAGGCACAGAUCAAGCUCGACCAGUGGCACAAUGCCAUGACAGACUGCCAAAGUGUCCUUGAGCUGGAACCACGCAACGUGAAAGCCCUGCUACGUCGCGCCACUGUGCACAAGCACAUGGGGCAACUCCACCUGGCCACUGAUGACCUGAGGGAGGUUCUUAUGGAGGAGCCUCAAAAUGCUGCAGCCAUAGCGCUUCUGUCUGAAAUUGAGACGCUGGAGGAAAAUCAACCAGAGCAGCAAAGAAAGGGCAAAAGAAUCCUCAUCCAAGAAGAAGAGGAGGAAAAUGACGAUAGUAACAAUGAUAUGCAAGCGCAAGCCUUUCUGGCUGAACCUAGCCAGCCUGUGGGAGGGGAGGAGAGCUCAGCUGCUCCUGGCGAAAGAGGAGACAUGGGUAAUGCUCAGAAGAAGCCCCACAGCAGAGGGGACAGGGGUCCACACGGCGACGCCAGCAGCUCUCACGCGGGACAAUGGAGGAGCAAAGGAGCCAGCUCAGACAAGUACAAAGUCACACCGCAUGAGUCCAAGGAGAAGGUGGCCAAUGGAACAAGCAAGAGGGACUCCACAGCUUCAUCCCAGACUGAUCAGAGCGGCAGUGGGAAGACAACUCAAGGUGGAGAAACUGUCAACCUUGAUGCCCCAUGUGGAGCCCUGCCCCCACCUCUGGCCAGACUAAAAAAUGAAGGAAACCUGCUGUUUAAAAAUGGACAGUUCGCCGAUGCACUGGAGAAAUACUCACAAGCCAUUCAAGGCUACACCGACUCAGGGAUUGACAGUCCGCAGGAUCUAUGUGUCCUGUAUUCUAACAGAGCAGCGUGCUCCCUGAAGAACGGCAGCAGUCAUGACUGCAUUCAGGACGCCACAACAGCUCUGGAGCUGCAGCCAUUCUCACUUAAGCCCCUCCUCCGCCGGGCCAUGGCUUAUGAGUCCCUGGAGCGCUACCGAAAGGCCUACGUGGAUUACAAAACUGUCCUGCAGAUAGACACCAGUGUGCAGGCAGCAAACGACAGUGUCAACAGGAUCUCUCGGCUACUGGUUGAGCAGGAUGGACCAGAGUGGAGAGAGAAACUCUCGGAGAUUCCGCUGGUGCCUCUGUCAGCUCAGCAGCACCGCAGAGAGGAGCAACCCAGUGCAGAAGUUCUCCAGGCUCGUGCAGAGAAAGCUGCCAGGGAUGCAGAAAGGAAAGCAGAAGUUCGUUUCUCAGCUCUGAAGCAAGAGGGGAAUGAAUUUGUGAAGAAGGGCCAACACCAGGAAGCAGUGGGAAAGUACAGUGAAUGCCUUAAACUCAAGCCAGAGGAGUGUGCUGUCUACACCAACAGAGCCCUCUGCUACUUGAAGCUGGACAAGUUUACUGAGGCCAAACUGGACUGUGACGCAGCACUGAAACUGGAACCAACCAAUAAGAAAGCCUUCUACAGACGAGCUCUGGCCUUUAAAGGCCUUAAGGACUACCUUGCGUGCAGCACUGAUCUGCAGGAGGUGCUGCAGCAGGACCCCAAUGUGCAGGAGGCCGAGAAGGAGCUUGAGGAGGUCACAGUGCUACUCAGAGAGAGUCUGGCUAAUGACUCACGAAGCAAGCCCAGGAAGACGGUUCCCAUCACAGAGGUAGUUGAUGAUGAUGAAGAGCCCGUGGCUGUUCCUAACUCAGCAGGCAGCUGCAGAGGACAGGACACCACCAUCAACUUCCAUCCAACUUGCAGUUUGGAGUUCGGCCAGGCUCUGAACGCAGCUUUUGUUACCGGAAACACGGCGGCCUGCUCCAACCUGCUGGCCUCCACGGCCCCAGAGAUGCUUCCACAGUACCUGAGCACCCAGCUGGACGGACACACCUUAAGCUUCAUCGUGCAGGCGCUGGACUCCCACCUCCUGGAAAAAGACACCAACCUGGUCUACCAGCACCUCAACCACCUGCAUACGGCUGACAGGUUCUCGAUUGCACUAAUGCUGAUGGAGAAGGACAAGCGUCGACACAUGACUCAUCUGUUUGAGCAUCUGUCUAGCGUCGAGAGCACAGAGUUCACCAAGAACGAUGUUCAGAACCUCGCCAACAAAUACAAGUGACCCAGCUGGCCCUGUUCCCUGUUGCAUGAGCUGCUGCACCACUACAACUCUUGGAUCUAUGCAAACCACUGCACAAGAACUGAGUAAACAAAGGCAGGAAGCUUUACAUGUCCCAGAACAAUACAAUGGAACUGGGACAACAUUCGCUCUACUGAUCUGUACUGUAAAUUAUCACCAUGUAUUUAAAUGACAGGAUAAGUUUUUUUGUCUCUGGAACAUUUUGCUAUGUAGAUUUCCCUUUGUACCACAGGCAGUCCGCUGGAGACUGUGGACCCUUCACUCACGUGAUAAAUGGGGUCAAGCGUACAAAGUUAUGUAAGAUGACACACUGUAGUGUUUGCUCAGGACAAGUUCAUGUUCCCAGAACUUUGCUCAAAUGUAAUCUAGUCCUUGACCCCAUCAGCUCAGAAAUACCAAGCACUGGAACAAGUUGCUACUAAGAUACAGGACAUGGUCCGUACAGCAGCAACAAAACUAUUAGAUAAAGUAACUUAAAACGGUUUUAUCGUGACCAUAUGUAGCAAAUUACUUCUGAAAAAGAAAUAGGUUUACAUGACAAAAUACUUGUGUCACAUAGAAUCUGCAUCUGCUGACAACAUUUUACAAGAAAAUACUAUGUGGAAAAAUGGAAAACAAAAUACCAUGUGGAACCUUGUGACUCGGAUGCUCCUGUUUGUUUUUAUACACGUACCAUAUCUUGGUUACUAAUGUGAGAAAACUGCACAUUCAUCUUUGCAGCAGGUCAGCCAUGCACAAGAAUUCACAGUAGAGAAAGAGCAUCUUAAUGAGGUGUGUGCCUUGGUUGCUUACAUUUUGGAGAGCGUGCAGAUAUCCCUGAUGAGACAUUCAUUCGGUUUUGAUCUACUCAUUGAAUGACCAAGAAAUAUGCAUAUUAAUUUAAACCAGGUGCAUAUACUAUGUUUUCUUCAUGUUAGGUUAGACGUCAACCAAUUUCAAUAUUUGUGUCAUAAAAACUGAAGACUACCUGAUUUCUGUUUAAUUUGUACUGCAUUAAUUAAACAUCUCAGUUCAGGCUAACAUGUCAGUGGCCAAAAGGCAAUAAUUACACAUUCCAGAUGCUCCUCCUUAUGGUUUUUAAAUUAUAUUUUAGUAGAUAUGUAAAAAUGUGUACAAUAUUAACAGAGGGCUAUUCAAUAAACCUGAAAAAAAUGA